AUGCCUACUGCUACACCUAUAUCACAGAAUACUACUGUCAUAGUACACCCUUUGGUGUUAUUGUCUGUUGUUGAUCAUUACAAUAGGGUAGCAAAGAGUACCAAAAAACGGGUAGUUGGCGUGCUUUUGGGUCAGAAUAAUGGCAAACAUGUAAAUGUUGCAAACAGUUUCGCAGUUCCUUUCGAAGAAGAUGAAAAAGACCUGUCCGUUUGGUUUUUAGACCAUAAUUAUGUCGAGGCGAUGAAUGAUAUGUUUAAAAAAGUCAAUGGCAUUGGACCUAAACUUCGAGCUUCUGAUCUUGAAAUUAAUGAGCUGUUUAAAAGAUAUACUCCUAACCCAGUAUUGGUUAUUGUCGACGUAAAGCCAAAAGAUAUUGGCAUACCCACGGAUGCAUAUUUUGCCAUUGAGGAGAUUAAAGAUGAUGGUACAGCAACGACAAAAACAUUUAUGCACGUCCCCUCACAAAUCGAGGCCGAAGAAGCCGAAGAAAUAGGUGUUGAACAUCUCUUACGCGACAUCAAAGACAACGCAGUCGGCACAUUAUCCACACGCAUUAACGACCAACUGAACUCACUGAAAGGCCUACAAUCACGUCUUGAGGAAAUUCGUGAAUACCUCCAAAAAGUGGUAGACCAAACUCUACCCGUUAACCAUCAAAUAAUCUAUAAUCUCCAAGACAUCUUAAAUUUAUUGCCGAAUCUCUAUGGUGGAGAAACGGUCCGCUCGUUCUCCAUAAAGACAAAUGAUCAACUGCUGGUGAUCUAUUUGUCGUCACUGAUUCGUGCUGUUAUUGCUUUGCAUAAUUUGAUUAAUAACAAGAUUGAGAAUUUGAAAGGAGAACAACAAAUAACAGAGGGCGGUGGUGAGAAAAAGGAUGAGAAUGCCAGUAAGGAUAGUAAGGAAAAAGAAAUUGAAAAUUAA